CCCGUCGUGGCCCCCGCCCUGCAGCCCGGCACCCUGCAGCCCCCGAUGUCCCUGCUGGACUUCCAGCCGCUCGCCUGCUUUCUCAACAACAUCCUGACGGCCUUCAACGACCUCCGCCUCUGCUGCCCCAUCGGAGUGGUGGAGAACGUCACCAAAUGCCUGGAGGACGCCCUGAAGAUGGUGACCCGUCAGAUUCUGGUGUUUCACCGGGCGGAGGAGACGGCCUUCAGCAGCCGGGAGAAGGAGCUGUUUAUUCAGUUCUGCUGUGCGUACGCCGAAGACCUGCUGCCCUUCCUGAACCGCUGCCUGCAGGUCCUGUUUCCACCGGCUCAGCUCGCUCUCAUCCUGGGUCUUCCUCCCACUCAGCUGCAUAAGUACGGCCAUCUGGGCUCCAUCGACCUCGCCGCAGUCCUCGAGCCUCUGGACUUCCUGCUUCCUCAGAAGGAGCCGCCGGUGCCAGAGGUCGACAUUACGGCUGAAUUGAGCAGCCUGGCGUUUGACGCGGAGCCCAAAGAACCGGCAGCAGAUCCAAACUCGGCGCCGACCCCAUCCGAUGUCAGAGACUCAAAACCCGGAGCUGAACUGACAAAGACGGAGUUUGAAGAGCCGAAGCAGGACGAGGAGUGAAGGCGAGGAAACGCCGGCUCUGUAAACUGUAUCCUGUGACGGACGUCUGUCAGAACUGAAGCAUUAAAAUAUUUUUAUAUAUGUGAGAAAAAGGCUUUAAUGGUGACGUUUCUUCUCUUAUUUAAAGGUUUACUCACUAACAUAGAAGGAAAAUAAGCAAAUAGUUUAGUUUGCUUCUUUUUCCAUCGAUGAUGGAGUCCUCCUGAUUGUAACUCUCGGAGAUCUUCAGCUCGUUCUCGUCCUUUAAGAAGGAAAAACUGAAUGUUUGUGUUUUCCUGGUAACGUGUCAGAAAUCUGAGAAAACCAAGUUUGCUUUAUUGAUAGGAAAGUCCUGAAGGGCAGAAACUGACUCUGCAUUUUCAUCCAGUGUCGGCCUCAUCUUUGAGCUUUUUCUGCUGAGGCAGCUGGGAGUUGUAGUCCAUCCGCUGGGAGUUGUAGUCCAUCAGCUGUGUCUGAUUUACAUGGUGUGUUUGUUAAACACUGUCUGGACACUUAAAUCUUUCACUUUGAUUCAAAGAUUUAUUGGAAAUCAAUAAAGAUCAAUUAUAUUGA